AUAGUCGCUCCAUAAAACUCCCUGUUACAGUCUAUAAUCAGAUGAAAGUUUGCUUUUAGAAAUAUAUGAAACAAUUUCAUGGAUUGUUACCCAGAUUGUAUAUAUCAAAGAAGUCUAAAUAUGGAAUAGUUAUAGUGCUGGAGUUCUCUAUUUGUGAAUGUGAAUGUUACUCAAUAGGUAAUGUGAAUGAUGUCCCUUGUAAAUGUUCUCUACUACGUGUGAUGUGACAGAGGUGUUUCCUAUCUUCUACUGGGCAUUUGACCAAUGACCCAGGUGUAUCCGGUAAGAAUGACCCCUAUCAUGUCCAACAUGGAGGAAUUGGAUAGCGGAUGGUCAUGGCUCGUGCUGGCCGCCUCCUUCUGCUACUUCAUGGUGUUCGGUAUGUUCCUGUACGGGAUCGGGGUCGUGCACGAGGUCCUCCUGGACGAAUAUGGCGGGAAAAUGUCAGCCACCGCCUGGGCCGGAAGUCUGUACGCCGCGCUUAUCUCACUUGGAGGUCCAGUGUCCAGUUUGAUUAUUGACCGGUGGAGUUGCCGGACGGCCAUGUUUGCGGACGGGGUACUGACCACCAUCGGCUGCCUCACGACGGCGUUUAGUCCUAACCUCGUAAUCUGCAUCUUCACCUUCGGCAUCCUCGCUGGUUUUGGUGGCGGCGUGGGGUACACGGCUACCAUGGUGGUUGUUGGCUUCAACUUCCGGCGCUGGAGGAACACAGCUCUCGGGAUCGCCAUUUCCGGUGUCGGUGUCGGCACAUGCAUCCUUUCCCCGGUCAUGGAAAUUGUGCGCGGUUUCUAUGGAAACGCAGGAUAUUUUAUAAUUCUCGCUGCCAUCGGCGUCCACAAGUGCUUGUUCGCGGUGCUCUGUAGACCAUCAAGGUUGGAACUGGCGAGACAGGAAUCCCUGAAAAACGAAAACCAAGAGCGUUUAUCCAAAAAACAAAUCAUGAAACUCUAUGCAACUGUAUAUGCCAACAAAUUAAUAAUAUGUUUCUCGCUCAGUUUAAUGUUGUUCAGUGUAGGUACAUAUAUGAUAUUUCUUCACCUUCCGACAUUUGCUAUUUCACGGGGCAGCUCCCGUAUGACCGCGUCCCUCCUGCUGUCCGCUUGUGGGUUGUCGACCAUAUUUGCACGUCUGUUAACAACGCUCAUAUCCGAACGAAAGAACGUUGACGGAAUCGUGUUGUAUUCCGGCUCAUUUGGACUUUUAGCAUUAGCGACGUUUUUGUUUCCAAUUUAUUCCCGUACUUUCCCGGGACUAGUGAUAUUCUCGGUGAUACUGGGUGCAUAUUUCGGCGGUUGCUAUGCGGUCAUGAACAGUAUCAACAUCCAUCUCGUCGGCGUCAAGUACCUCUCUAUAGCUACCGGCAUGGAGCUCGUAUUCAGCGCCGUCGGCACUGCCAUCGGACCCGUCAUAACAGGACUGAUACUGGACAAGGGUGGGACGUUUGAACACGCCUUCGUGGUGGCAGCAUUCGUGAUUUUGUUGGGCGCGGCACUGGGGAUGACCACGGUGGUGUUCCAGCCGACCAAGGACUGUCCAGAUGUACCGGAUGUGGAUCUCAUCGUCCCGAACAACCGGGAAGUAAACGAAACCACCUCGUCGAUGGUCGCCAGCGCUCAUAGUCAUAUCAAGCGAGGAGAUGACAUUGGAAACGAAAAACAGGAAACGGAAAGGCAGGAAUUUACUGCGGAGCAGAAGUCGCUCGUGUGUUCCGGCGCCGCAUGUUCCACACCCGACUCUGCGAGGGACAGCGUUUUUAUAAGUUCCGAAGAAGUAGACUUUUCUGUGGAGGUUCAAAAACUCCUGAAGGGUGAAGAUAUCAAGUUUAUUGAUGAAAAUGACUGAUAUUACGAAACGUUAAGUUACGUAUAUAAGUUAAGUCGAAGCUCGCUUUGCCGAAAUCGUUGAUACCUUGGGAAAUACUUCGAGGUGAUGAACAUUCGAUAUAACUGAAAUACAAAACAUGUCUUACUAAACCAAAUGCAAUCAAAAUGUUCGACAUAACCAGACCAUCGAGAUAACAGAGUUCGACAUAACGAGUUUCGACUGUAAUUAUUCUAUUAAAUUAAAUUCUAAACUUAGAUGCUCAAUGUACGUUUUGGAUACUGUAUGCACACAUGUACAUGUAUAUAUACACUGUUUUGUUCACCCGGGAACAUUUAAAUGAUCAUGAUUAUACUAUGUAUAAAGAAUGUAUUCCUAAAUCAUAUUAUGAACUUUCGAUUAUUGUCCGAUAGGAAGUCCGAUUUUCAAACACUAGUAAAAGCAUACAUCAUUUUUAAUAACUUUGGAUGCUUUGUGGUAAAAUGAGUUGAGACUGAGAUUGAGAUUUUCGAAAUAAUUGAGAUCUGGCUCCAAUAUCACAUAAAUACUUAAUAUUUAGACUCUCACAUAAAUGUAAUAACACACAUGCGUUUGGUAUUUAUAAGUACGACUGGUGUUUUUGCAACAUCCUUUCAUUUGAAUUCAAGUUUUGGCAUUGUACUUAUUUUAAGAAUUCAUAGCAAUUUUCAUCAGCUGAUAUUUAACUUAUAUAAAAUUAGUAAAAAAGUAUAUUAGUGUUUUUUAAUAUUAUAUAUAACUUCAAACUUAUUUUUAUUUUUCUAUUUAUAAAAAAAGAUACAGUCAAUACUUGCUAUUUCGAAGUCGUUCGGGCCUCGGCAAAUACUUCGAGACAACGAACAUUUGAUAUAACCGAAUAACAAAACACGUCUAACCAAACCAAACACAUUCAAAAUAAGUUCAACAUAGCCAGAACAUCGAGAUAACAGAGUUCGACAUAGCGAGUUUCGACUGUAUUAUGAGAUGUAUCCUAUAUUCAAACAUUGAAAUUACGUUCCAGCAUUUCUACUUGUUCAUGCGAAUGCCCGAGUUCUACGUUUCAUGUUACGUUUUGUACUUUUAUAAACCAUCUUGCACGUGCAAAUGGUGUGUUUUCCGUGCGUGCAAUUUGUUAUCAUGUAAAUUUACAAACUGAAUGUAUGUUGCAAAUAUAAAAUAAAUUAAAGAAUUAUAUAA